AUGAGGAUCUGGUUGCUCCUGCUUGUCACUGGAAUCUGCACGGGAAAUGUGAACUCACAGGACACGUGCAGGCAAGGGCACCCUGGCAUCCCUGGGAAUCCUGGUCACAAUGGUUUGCCUGGGAGAGAUGGACGAGAUGGCGCAAAGGGCGACAAGGGCGAGGCAGGAGAACCAGGACAUCCUGGUGGUCCAGGGAAGGAUGGAAUGAAUGGACAGAAAGGAGAGCGAGGAGCAGAUGGAAAAGUUGAAGCCAAAGGCGUCAAAGGCGAUCAAGGCUCACAAGGACCCCCAGGGAAACAUGGGCCAAAGGGAUUUGUUGGUCCCAUGGGAGAGAAGGGCCUCAGGGGAGAGACUGGCCCUCAAGGGCAAAAGGGGGAUAAAGGCAGUGUGGGGCCCACUGGUCCAGAAGGGCUAAAAGGCAGCACUGGGCCUUCAGGCCCAAUGGGUCUACCUGGCCCCAUGGGCCCCAUUGGGAAGCCUGGACCCAAGGGAGAUGUUGGGCCCUUGGGACCCCAGGGAGAUCCAGGAGUCCGGGGAAUGAGAGGCUGGAAAGGGGACCGAGGCGAGAAAGGGAAAACUGGCGAGACUCCAGUCUUGCCCAAGAGUGCUUUCACGGUGGGGCUCACGGUACUGAGCAAGUUUCCUACUUCAGAUGUGCCCAUUAAAUUUGAUAAGAUCCUGUAUAAUGAGUUCAAUCAUUACGACAUAGCCACGGGGAAGUUCACUUGCCACAUUACCGGGGUCUAUUACUUCACCUACCACAUCACGGUUUUCUCCAGGAAUGUUCAGGUAUCUUUGGUCAAAAAUGGGGUGAAAAUACUGAACACCAAGGACGGUUACAUGAGCUCUGAGGACCAGGCGUCGGGUGGCAUGGUGCUGCCGCUGAAGCUGGGGGACGAGGUGUGGAUGCAGGCCACAGGAGGAGAGAGGUUUAACGGCUUGUUUGCAGAUGAGGAUGAUGACACGACUUUCACAGGCUUCCUUCUGUUCAGCAGCCAGUGA